AUAAUGAUGGGAAUCUCACAAACCCUGAUGUUUCUCCAGCGGAACAGCCCCCACCAGCCAAUGGGAUUAAAGAGGAAGAAUCUUCAUGUGAAGGGAGAAACCAGAUCAGGGAGAAAUCAGAUUGCAGCAUUAAUCCCCUUACAGAACAGACACAGGGAACAGACACGCCUACUCCUAUCAUGGGGUGCAGCCUAGAUAGCAGCUCGGCAGUUAUUUAUGCAUCAAAUGAUGUGAAAGAGGAGUUAAUUUUUUCAUGGGAAGAGGAAAACCAAUCAGAUUGCAGCAUUUAUCCCCUUACAGAACAGAUACAGGGAAUAGACACGCCUCCUCCUAUCAUGGGGUGCAGCCUAGAUAGCAGCUCAGCAGUUAAUUAUGCAUCAAAUGAUGUGAAAGAGGAGUUAAUUUUUUCAUGGGAAGAGGGAAACCAAUCAGAUUGCAGCAUUAAUCCCCUUACAGAACAGAUACAGGGAACAAAUACUCCUAUCAUGGGGUGCAGCCUGAAUAUGACGGGUAAUAAUUAUGAUGAAAAUUCCCACCAAUCUCCACAUAAAUCUGACAGAACAAAUUUAAAUUGUAAAUUACGUAGGAAAUACAGCUGCAAUGUGUGCAAUAAACAUUUUAGUAAUAAGGAAGACUUUGAUAAACAUCAGAGAACCCACACAGGAAAAAACCCUUUUUCUUGUUUGGAAUGUGGAAAAUGUUUUCUUAAUUCUUCCGAACUUACUGUCCAUCGGAGAAUCCAUACAAGGGAGAAACCUUUUUCUUGUCCUGAAUGUGGGAAAUGUUACACAGAACGAUCUAACCUUGCCCGUCAUCGAAGGACUCACACAGGGAAGAAAACAUUUUCUUGCUCUGAAUGUGGGAAAUGUUUUUCAAAUGGAUUUAACGUUAUUCGUCAUCAAAGGAGUCACACGGGGGAGAAACCAUUUUCUUGUUCUAAAUGUGGGAGAUGUUUUUCACACCAGUCCUACCUUAUACGUCAUCAAAGAACUCACACAGGGGAGAAACCGUUUUCUUGCUCUGAAUGUGGGAAAUGUUUUUCAAAUGGAUCUAACGUUAUUCGUCAUCGAAGGACUCACACGGGGGAGAAACCAUUUUCUUGUUCUGAAUGUGGGAAAAGUUUUUCAAACCCAUCUCACCUGGAUCGUCAUCAAAGGACUCACACAGGGGAGAAGUAAUUUUCUUAUUCUAAAUGAGGGAAAUGAUUUGCAUUGCACAGUAGUCUAAAAAUACUUUCACAAUGAGGAAAACCCAAACAUUUUCUUUCACACAGAAUACAAUUUAAUAUACAUUUCACUAUUUAAAGAGUAGAGGAAAAACUUGCACCAUAAAAGGUUUCCUUAAGAGAACCUUUGGACUAAUACUUUUCUAGCUAAAGAGACCUUAUGGACACUGGGUAAUGCUAAAGCUGGCCAUACACGGUCAGAUUUUAGUCUUCCACCAUCAAACGUUCGGAUAUCGGUCGUACGUUUAAAUGUAACGGUCUAAAACUCACAUUUAGCCUGAAACUGUAGGAUAAAGACCUAAAAAUAACAAAUCGGAGGAUGUUCUGUACAUGAAAUAGUUGGCAGGACCCAAUCAUAUGAAGGUGACUUCCUGAAAAUGCAUUGUAGGUCUCCCAAGAAUAUCGGCAGAUAAACAAUAAAUGCGCAGAUUUUAUCGGUAUCUGACCCAAAUUUUCAAAUCAGUCCAAUCGACUAAAUGGCCAAUCGCCAUGGUACGAAAAUUAUUGCAAUGAUCAUUUAGAGCCCAUACAAGGUAUGAAAAUCACAUAAAACUAUGUUUCAUACGAUUUUAUUGGUGUGUGUAUGGGCAGCUUAAUCACUUGGGCAGAUGCUGUUCCCUAAUGCUCACACAGUAGGUAACAUAAUGGGGAUAUACCCAGCUGGGAAUGACUUGACGGGUCCAUAGGCUCUUACUGGGUAAAUAUAAAGCCUAUAACAUCAUCUUGUCAUUAUUAACCCAAUGUCAUUUCCAAUGGGGCAUUUGUUGAGAUGAAAGGAAAGGGGGUUACACCAUUAUCCUAUAAAGGGUCUCUUUACAUUAAAUCAGUUUUGUGAGAAGCCUUUUUUCAAGAGAUGUGUCAGACCGAUUUAUUGGUGCAAAUUAAAUUUGUUUUUCAUGGUUGUUAAUAAGA